AUGUAUUUUUUAAUAUUACUACUAAAGUGUAUAUUGGGUGCCAGAGCAAUUCGUAAUAAGAAACCAAGUUAUUACAAAAUUUUAAACAAUGGAAAUAUAAUUCGUAUGGAUAACACAAAAAGAUUAAAUGAUGAUUUUUUUUCAAAUGGUGUAAUUAUAAGCAAUGAAAGUAAUUCUAAAAGUGAUUUAUCAACCCCAGAAGUAGAUUUAAACUUAAUAGAAGAAAAAAUUUUAACUUUAGAGAAAAACACAUCUUCAUCUUCAACUUCAAAUGAUCUUAUUGAAUUGUUUAAACCAAUAAAAUUUUAUACCGAGAAAGGUAGCAAAGAAUUAAAAAAAGAAAUUAAACAGUUUUUAGAAUCCUAUAAAUUAGAAAUUGCUAAUAUUCUCGAUCAAACAUUAUUAAUUGAAUUACCUGAAAAGAUAAUUGAUCAAGAAGAUAAUAAAGAUAUAAUAGAUUUGAUUGAAAAAGAAAGGAAAUUAGUAAAUGACUAUGUAAAAGAAUUCAUUCAAUUAACUAAAGAAUCAUUAAAUGAAAUAUUUGAUAAUUUAGAUAUCAACGUAUUCAAUAUUAAUAAGAAAAUAUUUGAGAAAACAUUAGCUAUCAAAUUAGAUAGCACUUUUAAUAUUUGUAUAGGAAAAUUAAAAGAAAAUAUGACUUUACUUUUUACAAAAUUACAUGGUAAUAUCAAUGAAUCUGAAAUAAGUCAAGCAUCUGAAUUAACUAACUUCUUAAUAAAAAUAACAAAUAGUGAUGUCGACUAUAUCAACUCAAUAAUAGAAGAUAUACAAUAUGAAUUUGAUAAAGUUAAGAAAGAAAAAAUGAUUUUACUUAAUAAUCAAUAUUCUGAUUUUAUAAGAAAGAUAUCUUUGGAUAUUAAUAAGUUUUUAGAAUCUCUUAAAGGAAAUUUAGGUAUUGAAGAUGUAGACGUUAAUAAUGAAGAAGAAGAUUCAAAACUAAUUCAAUCAUCUGAUGAAUAA